CGCGUGGAAGGAUGGACUUUGACCUGGGGACGCGCGGCAAGAAGCUCCAGAAGGAGCAAGCGGCACGACGAGAAGCUGCUCGACUAAAGAUAGAGCGGGAGAAAGCCCUUGCCGACAAAGCGAACCAGCUGCGACGAGAAAUGGACGCAGAAUCACAACGUCGAAGGGACGAGCAGGCACAACAGGCUGCAGCAGAAGAAGAGCGACGCCUGAACGAGCAGCGCGUUACCGGUGGUAUCACGUACAAAAAGACUUUGCGUGCAGUUCCCAUCGCGAACGACGGCGACAAAGUCACCCUUCCAGUGUCCGCGUUGGAGGAGCUGAACCCGCAAAACGCUUUGGAUUUGGGCGUGUUUACUUUCGAAUUGGUAGCAAAUGGACGCACUAGCCACGCUAGCGUGUUGGAGUUCGUGGCCGACGAGCAUACGAUCGGAAUUCCGCCCAAAGUCGCCCGAUCGCUGCACCUUGACGACGCGGUUGUCGACAUCUCGGUGCGCUUUGUGCGUUUGACCAAAGGUCGUGCAGUGAGGUUGCAGCCACUCGGAGACGGGUUUGGCGACCGUCAACUCGACAUUAAACACCUCCUCGAGCGCACGCUGCACACCCACACGACGCUGACCGAAGGCGACAUCCUCCUUGUUCGUCACGGCAAAAUGACGUUUGAUGUGGCCGUGAAGAAUAUCGAUCCGGAACCGCAGGUGACCAUCCUCAACGUGGACUUGGAAGUCGACUUGCUUCCAAGCGAAGCCGUGGAACGACGACUCGCCGCCAAGCAGCUUGCUGAGCAACAAAAACUCGCGGCAGAGCAAGCCCUGCAACGCAGCAUCCAGGAAGCCGCCCAACGUCAAACCGAUGCGCUGGCGCGCCUUCCCGACGAAGCACCCGCGAACGAAGGCAUUAAGCUUAUGCUUCGAACGCCAGACGGGUCCCAGCACGUUCGCCGUUUUCACCUGUCCGACUCUGUCACCAGCGUGUAUGAUUUCAUCACAAGCGCGACUGGUAUGGACCCGCUUACGUUCCGUGCAACGACAAACUACCCCCGACGAGUGAUUGAGCACUCGACGAUGCAGCUCAAGGACGUUGGUUUUGUCGGACGCCAAGAAGCGGUGUUUGUGGAGCGCAUGACGACACCGCCCCCGGAACCCGUCGCGGAAGUCACAGAUGUCGACAUGGGGCCCGGCGGCAAGGAAAACGUUCCGACAUUGGAGACGCCAUGGGGGGCGGCGCUUGCCCAGUGGGAGACAAAACAAGAUGAGGUCCGAGACUACAUGUUCGAUGUCGGAGUGGGCUGGAUGCUGUCCAAGUGCUUUUCUGUUGGCUGGCAACCGCUUUCAUGGUCACGGUCGUAUUCAUUUGGAAUGUCGAUGCUGUAGGCACUGUUCACCUCCGACGCUGUGCCAGUCCAUGCCAUUGAACCUGUGUUGCCGACCGACGUGAAUGGCAGUAAGUGGGGCGCCCAGCUCACCGAGCUCGAAGCGAUGGGUUUUGUUGACCGCGACUUGAAUGUGCAAAUCCUAGAGAAAUACCAAGGCCGUCUGCUGCGGGUCGUCAACUACUUGUCGGAGCUCGCCGUGCAAGACUAAGCGAUAACAAGGCAGUGCUGCCGUCGAAAGAUAUCUCCGUUCGUGAAAAAUACGUCAACCAUGCUAAAACAUGUCGGCGAUCUCUUCGAGUUCUCGGGCCUGCCGAAUGGCGCGCUCGUGUGCCCGUUUGAGAUCGUCGACGUUUGUGGACCA